AUGAGUGAGAAGAUAGUAGGAUCCGAGGAGCGCUAUACUCCUUUGAAAAAGAUGUGUUGGGCGUUUGUUUGGGCCUCCAAAAAGCUGAGGCACUACAUGUUGGCUUAUUCGGUGAGUCUAAUUUCUCGGACGGAUCUUAUCAAGUAUAUGUUUGAGAAACUUGCGCUUACUCAUAAGUUAGCGUGUUGGUUGCUUUUGCUGGCGGAGUUCGAUCUCCAAUACAUCACAAGGAAAUUAGUGAAAGGAUGUGCUGUGGCAGAAUUUCUGGUUGACCACUCGAUUGAUGGACAAGAGGACGUGGAUUUCACCUUCCCUGAUGAAGAAGUUUUAACGAUGGUCGAGGUGGUUUGGGCGCUCUAUUUUGAUGGGGCUGCUAAUCAGAAAGGAUUUGGGCUUGGAGUACUGUUAAUCACGCCUGUCGAUGCUCAAAUUCCGCUUGCUUUCAAGUUAAACUUUGAUGUCACUAAUAAUCAAGCUGAGUAUGAGGCCUUGAUCAUUGGAAUGGAGGCUGCAAUUGCUCUUGGAGUCGAAAAGCUCGAAGUAAUCGGAGAUUCAAACCUGGUAGUCUCUCAAGCCAAUGGAGAUUGGAAGGUUCGUGAGGAAAAACUGAAGUCUUAUUACCAAGAUUUGGAAGAACUGAUUCCUUGCUUCAAUAAGCGGGAGUUAAGCUACGACCAAUUGUGA